AUGUCUGUGAUUUGUCUCCUUGUGUCUCCCCCUAACGUAUCCAUGUGGUCGUCCUCCUCACCUCACUAUACUCCGGAGUUUAUAGGUAGAAGAUAUGGUUUAGAGGCGGUUUCAAAGACUGAAUCACCACCGUUGAUCGGACCUCGUAUCUCUUUCUCAGACGGUGGAGAUUUCUUCUGUAUCAGCCCUGUAACAUGUAAAGAGCUAGAGAAAGAAGUCGUCAAAGGGUCAGUGAAAGUCUCCGACUUUGAGUUCUUUUCGGAGAAUGCGAGUCCACAGAGGAUGCACACCGCCGACGAGCUCUUCUCCGAAGGAAAGUUGAUUCCUUUCUGGCAAGAAAAGCACUCGGAGAAGCUUAAAAACGUUAACUUGAGGACCAACGAAGAAGAAGAAGAGAAUCGUAAAGUGGAAGUGAUGAAGAAGAAUCAAGAUCAUGAGAAUAACAACAAUAGGAACAGAGUGAGCUGGUUAAUAGAUGAAGAUCCAUCUCCUCGUCCUCCGAAAUGCACAGUUCUUUGGAAAGAGCUUCUGCGUUUGAAGAAACAGAGGAGCUCCAGGUCGUCUCUGUCUCCGUCGUCGUCCACGUCAUCAUCGAGCUCGCUGGAGGAAGCGGCGGCGAAGAGAGAGGAGAAAGAAGGUAAGAGAGGUAAGAAAGGAUUAGAGAGGACGAGAUCGACGAGUAUGAGGAUAAGGCCGAUGAUGCAUGUUCCUGUUUGCACUCCUUCUAAAUCCUCUGUUCCGCUGCGUCCUCUGUUUCCGCUUGCUCUUAGGAAGAACAGAGUAGAGAAAAUCACUUGAAAAGUUGGAAUCUUUUGAUUUGACACAUCUUAUUAUUGGUUGAUUAGUUCGGAUUAUCAUGUGAUAUGUAACUCUAAUGCAUGUGAUUAAGCA